UGCUUAUGUACACUCUGCUGUCGGCCAUCAUCGCGUCGAGGAGGAUACUCGUACGAUCGUCGGUCGAGUGACUUCAGAGCGCAAUCAAGCGACGAACCGUUCCUUUUUCCGAAGCGGUGUGUUAGUGUUUUGCGGUAGAAAACCCCAAAGUGUUGCAAUCUCCACUAAAACAAAUUGUUGUACGACGGUGUCGAAGGUGAAUCGUUUAUGAUCUCCCACGUAUAGCGUUUGGGUGUAUUUGUGUGUGCGUGCAAGUGUGCCCACGGCAGGAACCUCACAGAAGACCCACGCCCGCGGAAGAGAGUGUGUCAAGUGUCAAUCGAAUCCCGCGCGUGUGUGACCAAAACCGGGCAGGAAGGAAGAAGAAAGGAAGAUGUUGAUUAUUUAUAAAACAUUUGACAAACCCAUACUAAUUAAUUAGUGUAUAUCCAUAGCAUUAUUACAAAGAUUAUUAUUAAAAUUGUCCAUAUUUGUGAACCGGUGUGCGUGCGUGCGUGUGUGUGUCUGUGAAGACGAGUCUGUGUGUUUGGAGCAAGUGUUACUGUAUUUUUUUGUUUUGCAUACUUAAGAUUCAUUCAUCACUUCCCAUAACAUUGAUCCGUUCGGGUGUGUGGUGUGUGAUUAUUUUAAAAGUGAAUGAUCUUUAACACCUGUGCAGUCAGAACAGAGGUCUUAACGAGGUGUAAACGACAACAACCAAAAAAAGUUUCACCAGGCUGGUGUGAACGUGUGAGAAAAGUUGUGAUUGUGCGCUGUGCUAGUAAUGCCCGAACGUCUAAUAAAUUUACGAUUUUGCGAAUUUUGAUACUAAUGGCGUGAUAUUUCGAUGCUCGAUUUGCUGAAAACUCGUGCGCAAUCAUUAGCCCGAUAAGCGAGCUGCCGACGGAACUGCCGUUACACAGCGCAUACGCCCUGGCCGGACCGGAAACUCUUCACAGCUGGACCGAUUAGCGGGUGUCAAACGGUUCGUAAAGAGGAGAUAAUUUUCCUAAUUGCAACAAAGCCCAUCACACAACAGAGCCACUGUGCACGGGUGAUUAACAGAAGCUAGCCAAUCUCGGCACCGCUCACCCGCAACCUUUCGCACCCGUCAGAAGGAUCACCGGCAGAAGCGCGGCCUGUCACGGGCCAUCCACGGAGGAGGGCGUUUCGUUCCCGUUCUCCCCAGCCAGCCAGCGGAUCGAUGCGAUCGGUCGAUGAGAUGGCGACGUCACACAUACUGUCCGCCAUCGAUCCAAUUAUAACCGGGUCGGCAAACACUCCGACCGGCGGUGGAAUGAAUGGUAGCGAUGGAGGCUCCGUCCCGAAUGGGACCAAUGGAGGUGCGGGCAAUGGCGGUGGCUCGACGGUCGGAGGAACUUUGCUGCAGUCCGGAUCGACGGUUAUGGGACGUGGGGCAGGUGACCGAAGCCUCUCGGUAACGCUGGACGAUCGGGACCUUUGGUUGCGCUUCCAGAACCUAACCAACGAAAUGAUCGUCACGAAAAAUGGCAGGCGAAUGUUCCCAGUAGUAAAGGUGACCGCUACCGGGCUCGACCCGACUGCCAUGUACACGGUGCUGUUGGAAUUUUCGCAAGUCGACUCGCACCGCUGGAAGUACGUCAACGGCGAAUGGGUUGCCGGUGGGAAGGCCGAAGCACCACCACCGAACCCGGUGUACGUGCACCCGGAAUCGCCCAACUUUGGCCAGCACUGGAUGAAGGAACCGAUCUCGUUCGCCAAGGUGAAGCUCACGAACAAAACAAACGGCAACGGGCAGAUCAUGCUAAACUCGCUGCACAAGUACGAGCCGCGGGUGCAUCUGGUGCAGGUGGUGUCGGAUGCGCGCGAUCAGCGCAACGUUCACACGUACCCAUUCCCAGAGACGCAGUUCAUCGCGGUAACGGCGUACCAGAACGAGGAGGUCACCUCGCUCAAGAUCAAAUAUAACCCGUUUGCGAAAGCUUUUCUCGACGCGAAGGAACGCCCGGACUCGGUGUACUCGCGCGAAAGCUCCACCUACGGAUGGCUCAACUUUCAUCCUUCGUAUGCGACGGCUCAAUCACCUCUGCAGGCACAGGUGGAUCGAUCCUACCAGCAUACGCAUUCCGUAGCGCGUACGAAUCGCGUCACGCCUUACACCACCCAACGCUCGCGAAACACCAGCGGAAGCUCCUCGCCCCAGCACAGCUCCUACCUGGCGCUGGACUCGGUGUCCACGCCCGUCUUCUCGUCCUACCCCUCGACGUGGCAAACUCAGACCACGCCGAGCGGACCGUACUGGAGCAAUCCGUCCAGUGCAGUACAGCAGCCGCUCGGCACUAACCCUGGAAGCCCUAACUCGAUUGCACCCAACAUUUCACCAACACCGUCGAACGGAUCGCCGUCCUAUGCGACCUCGUCACCAACGUACCCGGCCAGUCAUCCCGCACUGACGCCGCAGCAUCCACAGUACAUCCCGGUGUCUAGCGCUCAGAUGGAAGGCAUCUACCAACCGGCGGGAUCUCCCCAGCAAAUCUACACUCCUUCCAGCCAUCAGAUCUACCAUCCAACCCCGACGCAAGUUUCUCCAAACCAUCAGCUGUACGGGAACGUUCUGAAUGCGCCGUCCAUCACGAAUCUCGGGUACUCCACCUCCUGGCACAGUGCCAGUGACUUUAGUGUCUACCAAAGCACAUAUCACUAUCCGACGGCCGAGUACAUCCCGAUGAUAGGCGAGAUUAACACCUACAACCAUCCCUCGGAUAUUACGGAGCUAACCUCCGUGGGAGCACCGCACCGGCAUCUGGAGCCGGCGGCACCAUCUCCACUCCAGUACCAUCAUCACGGUCAUCACGUGAGCGAAGGCCAUUCGCCGUUGAUCCCCACACACCACCAUCAUCAUCAACAGCAGCAGCACCAACAACAACAACAACAGCAGCAGCAGCAUCAUGGAACUACGAAUGCUCAAUGUACCGAGAAUCAAAGUCCCGAACCAACGCCCGGGACGGUUGCGACCAGCGUUGCCAGUGCACUCAACUCGGUGGCAUCGUCCCCGAACGCGGUAGGAUCGACGGGACAACUUUCCCAGAGCCCCGGUCGAACGUCGCUUAAUGCCGUCGGCAGUGCCUGGACGCCGCUAACGCCACCGCAAACGACCAGCAUCUAGCAGCGCCGGAGCGAACCACGUUGGGUUGAACAAACAGGGAUGUACCAUCACUUUAAAAUUGUGCCCGAGAACCAGUGCAGACUCUGAUCUGGUUGCAAUAUGGAAUGGGUUUGCAGCAGCAAUCUGAAACCGUGUUAGUUUUAACUAGAAAUGCAAUUUUAAAUUAAUGUUUUACCUAGAUAGAAUAAAGCUUAAGAAUGUGUGCAAAAGAAACAACUAAAA